UUUCUUUUCAGAAAUUUUAUUUUUGUUUUUUGAUGGUUUUCUUGUUUUUUUUGUGUGUGUGUGUUUUUGAGACAUGGUUUCUCUGUAGAUCCCUGGCUAUCCUGGAACUCUCUCUGUAGACCAGGUUGACUUGGAACACAGAGAUUUGCCUGAUUCUGUCUCUGGGUAGUAGGAUUAAAAAGUUUGUGCCAUCACUGCCUGGUUCAGAAAUUCGAUUUUUACACAAAUUCCAGGUUUGUGUUUAGCUGGUGAAAAAUAUAAAGCUAUUGUUUAGAGUCAACAUGUUCCCUUAUUUUUGUUUUUUUUCAUGGUGUGAGAUCCUUUGGAACUGGAGUCCUAGAUGGUUGUGUGCUACCUCGAAGGUCCUGGGAAAAAGAACUCCUGAGCCAUCUCUGCCCAGGCCCUGUUUUCCUAUGUUUUUUAAUCUCGUCUUUUCCUUUUUAAAGAUUCACUUCUAUUUCUGUGUCUGAGGUUUGGCUCCAUGUGUAUCUGUGCACUACUGAUGAUAUCUCAAAACACUUGCCGGGCCUGUCACAGUAUGGGUUGCUCCGAUGGUGGCCUCCCACACCAUUUUACUAUUGUGCUUGGCCAAAACUCCUGGAAAUUUUACUGAUGUCUGUUAAUGUUGACUUUCACCUUCCUGCACUUUCUCAUUUCUCAAUUGAAACCUCUAUAAAUCACUGAACUGGAAAGUCAAAUGACAGCUUCCUCUGUGAGGAAAGGACUUCUUCGGUGGGAGCUCGUUGUGGUGCGUAGCUUCUGACAGUGCUUAGGUGCGGAGUGUAGGGGUCAUUUGCAUUCUCCCUAUAAUCUUUUGUGAAGAUGGGUGGCUGUGGGCAGGAAAAGCACACACGCUCCAGGAGCCUGGGAACCAACCUACUGAGACCUCGGCGACACACCUGGCUUGUCCCAUUCAACCCGCUCUCCCGGGCGUCGGGAGGGGGGAUGGGAGGCGGUCCUCUAUGCAUCACGUGGUCGCCGGGGGAGGGGAACUGGGCGGCUCGCCAGUCGCCAUCUUGCCGGCCGAGAGGCGGGGCCUGCGCACCUCAGGGCGCGCGUCCCUGGUGCUCGCGCGGAUUCCCCGCUCCUCCCCACUGCUCCCCGGCUCGCGCGGCCGCUCUCCGCGUCCAGCCGCGGGGAGCCUGGGAGGGCGGGGGGGGGGGUGUGUCGGCGCGUGCCCGCGCCCUCCAACCGCUGGCCGGCGGGGCGCGCUCGGCCAGGCCUUGGAGGCGGGGCGGGGCCGCGGGGAGGGGGCUGCUGGGUCCGCGAGGGCGGCGCGCUGCGGUCUUGGCGGCGGUACCUGCAGCUGUAGAGGCACGCUCCGGGGCCGCGUCCUCGGCGCUCCCGGUCGCCAUGUACCGCAGUGGCUCCCGCUCCUCUGUCUCUUCGCACCGGCCGAAAGACGGCGGCGCGAGCGGCCCGCCACCGGGCCGUCCGGUGGGCGCCUCCUCAGGCCCCGCACGCCGCCCCUCGUCGCCGCCGCCCUCCUGCUCCUCGCUACGGCUCCCCGCCCGCCGCCACCGCUCGCCCUCAGGCCAUCGCGGCCGCUGGGCCUCGCCGUCCCCGCCUCGGGGUCGUCGCGGCUCCCCGUCCCCGCCCCGCGGCCGCCGGGCCUCGCCCUCUCCGCCCCGCGGCCGCCGGGCCUCUCCAUCCCCUCCGCGGGGUCGUCGUGUCUCCCCGUCCCCGCCGCGCGCCCGUCGCGGCUCCCCUUCGCCACCGCGGAGCCGGCGACACUACCCACCUGGCCUGGGUGGCUUCCGAGGCAGCAUUCGAGGCGAGUCCCGCGCCGACUUCGCCCGGGACGGCCGCGGAGACCAUCCAGGCGACAGCGGCAGUCGGAGACGUUCUCCUGGUCUGUGUUCUGAUUCUUCUUUGGAGCAGAGUUUAAGGAUCACAGUUGGCAAUGACCACUUCUGUGUUAGCACAGCAGAGCGGCGUCGGCUCAGUGACCGGCUGGGAUCUCCAGUGGAUGGUCUGGAGGACAUGGACAGGGAUGACCUGACUGAUGAUUCUGUCUUCACUCGAAGCUCCCAGUGCUCUCGGGGACUUGAACGAUAUAUUUCUCGGGAGGAAGGGCCACUUAGUCCCUUCUUGGGACAACUUGAUGAGGACUACCCAACAAGAGAAACUUUUCUGAAUCGAUCUGAGUAUAGUCCCCAGAGCCGUUGUCAUGAUGAACUGUUGAGGGGAACAGAACGGAACAGAGACAAACUUAAAAGCUCUUCCUAUUCUGUACGAUCUGAGGAGAGAAGCAGGGAGGCCAAAAGGCCCCGUUAUGAUAACCUAGAGAAGGCCCAUAGCACAGGAGGGGAUCACUCAGGUUUUACUUCUGGGACUCGAAACUAUCGACAGCGAAGAAGCAGCCCAAGCCCUAGGUUUCUCGACCCUGAGUUCCGAGAACUGGACCUUGCCAGGCGAAAGCGAGAGGAAGAGGAGGAGCAAAGUAAGAGCUUGAGUCAAGAGCUAGUGGGUGUUGAUGAUGGUCAGACUGGCUGCUCCAUCCCUGGGUUGUCAGGUGUCCUAACAACAGCAGAGCCUGGAUAUUCUUUGCAUCGAUCUGAGGAAAUACCUGUGAUGCCCAAGAAGUCCAUUCUGAAGAAACGAAUUGAAGUGGACAUGAAGCCGUCCUUGCAGCUUGAGAGCUUUUCCAGCGGCACCAGCUCCUGUGAGGAUCGCCCUCUGUAUUCUGAACACUCACCUCUUCCACUGAGUGACGCUAUUGCUGCUUUUACUUCAGAAAUUGAAAACAAGGGGACUACAGUGGAGGCUGACUUGAAGGAGCCUCAGAGUAACCUAUACCAGUGGGGUCCCCUCCGUGAGAUACCUAAAGACAACAGUGAAAAAUUUGACAGUUUUCUGUGCUUUAAGGAAAAAUUGGACUUGAAGGCUGAGGGACUGGAGCAACAGACAGACUUCUUACUGCCCCAUGAGAGAGCUAGCCAGGAUGGCAGUGGCUUUUCUCGAAUUCUGAGCAUGUUGGCUGAUCCUACCAGUACACAGGAAAAAAGAAGACGUAGCUUCCCAGAUAUAGAGGAUGAGGAGAAAUUUCUCUAUGGGGAUGAAGAGGAGGAGGAUAUAAAGUCAGAGUCUCCACCUAAGUCCCUGGAGGACGCAGAGAGUACAGGUACAAGACAGAAGUCAAACUCUCUACCCUCAACUCCAGCCGUAAAGCUAGAAUCACUAGAAGAGAGCAAUCCAGAAUAUGCCAAGAUUCAUGACUUGCUUAAGACCAUAGGGCUGGAUAUUGGAGUAGCAGAAAUUGGUAAAUUGGCUGCACGCACCCAGGAAAGACUUCAUGGCAAGAAACCAUCAUCACGCUCCUCAGCUGACCGACGUUCGUCAGCUGACCGACACUUUUCAGCUGACCGCUGUUCCUCAGUUGACCAUAGUUUCACAACUGAUUGGCACUCAUCAGAUCCUCACAGACCAGAGAGUAGGGAAGCACAUCACAGCAGUACUCAGUCCCCAGAAGUUUCUCAUCCACACCCAGCUUCCCUGGUGGAUUCUUACUUACGCACAAAAAAUAGCCCUCCAUUCCUUAAGUCUGACCGUCCAGUGGGUCAUGUUUCAGGAGCAGAGGUAGUUGGCAGUGGGUUCCAGUCAUCUGUUGCUGUUCGCUGCAUGUUGCCAUCAGCCCCAUCUACCCCAAUUAGACUUCCUCACUCUGCCGCUUUAUCUCAGUUUCAUAUACCAAGGGCCUCUCAGUUUGCUGCAACUCGGAUAUCUCCAAAUUAUCAGGGAACUGUCAUUCCCCCUGCCUCUUUUGAUGCUUACAGGCACUACAUGGCAUACGCAGCCUCAAGGUGGCCUAUGUAUCCUGCCUCUCAGCCCCCAAGCCACCCUUUAUCUGACCCACACAGGCUAAUACCAGUAACCAAACAAGCUACUCGAAGUCGUCCCAAUCUCCGGGUGAUCCCCACUGUGACUCCUGCAAAGCCCAAACAAGAAAUACCAGUACUAGGCUCCAUUUCUGUGAAGCGAAUUCCUGUUCGCGUGUCCAUUCCAUCGCUCAUAAGAUAUAAUCCAAAGAAGAUCUCCGAUGAGAAGAACCGUGCCUCGCAGAAGCAGAAGGUUAUUGAGGAGAGAGAGAGACUGAAAACCGAGCAGGAAGCCCGGCAGAAGAAAAUGUUUUAUCUCAGAACUGAGUUGGAGCGGCUCCAUAAGCAACAAGGGGAGAUGUUGCGUAAGAAGCGAAGGGAGAAGGAUGGUCACAAAGACCCCCUUCUGAUGGAGGUGAGCCGGCUGCAGGAGGGUAUCAUGAAGGACAUCGCAGAGCUGCACAAGGAGACAGAAGAAGCGGGAAAGAAACAGUCUGAGCUGGACAAGGUGGCCCAGAUCUUGGGAAUUGACAUCUUUGAUAAAUCUCUGAAAUCUGCAAAUGACAGUAAAGAGUCUACAGAGAAGCCUGAGAAAGAAAAAUCUAAGAGCCCAGAAAAAGAGCUGUCACCCUCAAACCCUUCCUCUAACAACAAGGAAUCAAAAGUAAAUGAAAAGUCCUAUAUUAAGAGCCCUAGUUCUACUGAAAUCCUCCAACCAACUGCUAAGCACCCUGAUGAGCCUGUCGCUGCUUAUGAGUAUUAUGAUGCUGGCAAUCACUGGUGCAAAGACUGCAACACCAUCUGUGGGACCAUGUUUGACUUCUUCACCCAUAUGCACAAUAAGAAGCACACACAGACACUGGAUCCCUACAACAGACCUUGGGCUUCAAAGACCCAGAGCGAGGCUAAGCAAGACACAGUAAAGCGAACUGACAAGAUAACUGUUCCUGCAAAAGGCUCUGAGUUUCUGAUUCCUAUCACUGGGUUUUACUGCCAACUUUGUGAGGAAUUUUUGGGGGACCCAAUUUCUGGAGAGCAGCAUGUCAAGGGUCAUCAGCACAAUGAAAAAUACAAGAAAUAUGUGGAAGAAAACCCAUUGUAUGAAGAACGAAGAAAUCUGGACCGCCAAGCUGGCUUGGCUGUUGUCCUAGAGACAGAGCGACGACGGCAAAAUGAGCUAAAACGUAAACUUAAUGAGAAACCGAAGGAGGAGAAGAUCGAAAAAAAGGCAAAAAUUGUGAAAGAAGCAAAGGAAGAUGACAAAGCCUCUGGAGAACUAGAGGACCAACUCUCUGAGGGCAGGGAUUCCCCCGAGAAAGGUGACAGUAAAAGGAAUGCUAGCCUCAAACCACAAGUAAAAGAAGAAGUAAAGAAGGAAUCAUCAACAGCAUCUUUUGGAAAGUUCAGUUGGAAGAAGCCAGAAAAAGAAGAAGAGAAAAAUUCAUUGGUGACCCCAGGUGCCCCCAAGGAAGACACUGUGGAAACCAAUAAGGACAGGGAUGAAGGCAAAGCCGAAGUUGGAAAGGCAAAGCCCAUCAAAAUCAAGCUUUCUGGGAAAACUGUUGUUGCACAUACCAGUCCCUGGACACCUGUCGUGACAACUUCAGCACAGACUAAGAUCCGACCCAACUUGCCCAUCCCAUCCACAGCACUGCGCAAGUCAGGCUCAGCCACAGUGAGCAAGCCUGCUCCUCUUAAUACCUUUCUGUCCAUCAAGUCCUCUGGAGCCUCCGCCAAGCCUCUGCCAGUGGUUAAGGAGUCUUCAUCAGAUCUUCUCUUGCCUCCAGAUGUCAUCUCCAAAGCCUUUGGAGGAGAAGAGGUGGUUCUAAAAGGGUCUCCAGAGGAAAAAGUGGAACUGGCUGAAAAGAAUGAGCCAUCCCAAAUACCUGAGCAAAUGCUGGCUCUGCUUCCACCUCCACCACCUCCACCCCCACCACCUCCACCCCCACCUCCACCACCCCUGGUUGUACCUCAGCUGUCUGCCCCAUCUCCUGCUCAAGCAAAUGCUGUCUUAACUCCAGUAAAAUCUAAUUCGGUGGUAUCUCAGACUUUUAGUCUUGGCUUCCAAGGUCCUAACAUUUUGAACCCAGGGUUGCCUGUGGCCUUCAUGGCCUCAGAACAACCAGCUGCAAUUCCUUGUGAUGAGACAGCUCCUGGGGUGAGUGAGAGUGACCGGGACCAGACCCUGAUCUCUAUGUUAGUUCGGCCUCCACCGCCCCUCUCAAGUGUGUUCAGUGAACAGGCCAAAAAGUUAGAAAAGCGAAAUUCCUGCUUAGCCACGGCCAAUGCUAAGGACCUGUAUGACAUAUUCUACAGUAGUGGUGGAAAGGGGGCCCAUGAGACUAAGCUGAGUAGCAGUCCAUUGGCCAAUGGGGAAAGCAGCAGCCUUUCUAGAACGGAAAGUUCAGAUAUCUCCUCCACUUCUGCUUUGAAGAGUAGUGUAUCCCCAGAGGAUCUGCCUCAAGAUGUUGCUUUGGCCACUGCCACUGAGAUCAGCAAUCUUGAAAAUCCUAUUUCAAAAGGUGUGGAGUCCAUAGGGAAAUGGUCCAUUGUAGAUCAGAUAGACCCCAAAGGCAGAGACAGCACCUUUAGCUUCCUACAGCCUCUGACAAGAUUAUACCAAAAUAGGCCUUAUGAAAUGGUUUCCCCAAAGACAGACACUUUGGCCAUGUGGACUUCUGGUUCUUUCCAGAAUGACACUGAUAAGGAUCGACCUUCAGAGGUCAAAAUCAAAUUUGACCAGGGAGAGCCAGCGCCACCUGCUACAGACUCAACUUCUCAUCCGUCAGAUGAACACUGUCAAACCAACGGAUCUCAGAAGUUGGUAGAAAUUAACCUCAUGGAUAACCAGGACAAGAACCAAGAGGUGUACCAGUCAGAGGAUUGCAGAGAAAGUGAAGGGAAGAGAAACACUGAACUGAAAGGAAAGGUAGCAGCUGAAGAAGGCGCUAACAUUGGACUCCAGAGCAUAGAAGAUUCUAAUUCAAACUAUGGCAACAGAAAUACAUGGGAAGGAGAACCCAAGUUGUCAACAAUUGACAAAGAGGCAGAGCAGUCUAGCAGAUUGAUGACAGGACAUGAAAAUACAAGUAGCAUAGUAAUUGAGUUGAGUCAGUGUCUCCCUUCCAAAAGGACAAAAAUAGAUUCAUUUCCAUCAUUGCUCCAGAACCCAAAAGGCAUGCCUGAACUACUUCUGCUGUCCCCAGCUGGAUCAGGCAUGUGUUUAAAGAGACAAGAGACUUGGGAGAGACCAGAGAAACCAGAAGUGGAGGCUGAGGAGCUACAAGGUACCCAUCCAGAAGGAACUGUGAAAACAGAAAGCGAAGGUUCAGAAAGCUUAGACACUACACAUGUAGAGGUGGAGAGGUUUGCAACUCUGAGGAAUCUGGGGGACACGCAUGCUGAGUUCUGCAAUUCUCAGAUAGAACAAACAAGGAGAUCACCAACUGCCCUGUCACAGAAAAUCAGUGAAGAAAAUUCUGUGUCAUCUGUAGUGUGUAAUCCUUCCAGUCCCAGUGACGUUGAACCAGUGCCAUCUUUUUCUGGAUUUCCAUUAGAAUCUCCCAAAAUUUUGGUGCUUAAUUUUGAAACAGAGGGUGCACAUAGCUCAUCUAAUUCCAGAAAUGGGAGAAUCACCUCUAACUCUUUGGAAACUGGCCACCCUAUGGAAAAUGUUGACCAUGACCUAGGAGGGGAGAGAACACACCAGGCCCUUGACCUCUUGGCUGGAGGAAUGUUGUCUGAGGAAGUAAAAGAACCUUCACCACUACAGAAAGAUUUGCUUAGGAUGGAAUCCACAACGGUCAGUCCUUCAGGCCAUGGACCAUCUCCUUGCCUUCCAGAUCUUGUUGAUUUUGUCACACGGACACCUGGAGUUCCAAAAGAGAAACCACGUUCUCCACUUUCUGAGCCAGAUGACUUUCUCAAGUGUAGUUCCUUGGAGAUGGGAUCACCACCUCCAGAGAUUCUGAAUGUGUCUGUAUCCGAGGUAGCAGUUCCUCAAGCAAGUGAAGACUGUGACAAUGCUUUGAAUUUGGUAAAACCUCCCACCUCAGGCUCCCCCUCAAGGGGUCAGGUAGUUGGAGGCAGUGUGAGCUCUCAGGAAAUGCCUGAACAAGAAGCUGCAGUGGAUGUCAUCCCAGACCACAGAAAGUCCAGUGUUUAUAACUGUCAGGACUACUUGAAUGGAUGAAUCCCUGGAUUUUAGAAAUUGGAUCCCAGGACUAGUUGGCAAUCUCAUCUGGAACCAGCACAGUAAAUGUUCAUUGGAGCUUAAAAAAAAAAAAAAAUACCGUCUCCCCCCCUCUUCCCCUUUAAAAUACUAGACAAAAUAAGUUUCAACAACUUCUCUACAUAUCUGUAAAAAAAAAAGUGAUUUCUGUUAAUUUUUUAAAUUUUUGGCCAAAUUAUUUUCUCUUUGUCAUUAAAGUCAAAUGUCUUAUCUGACUCACCACAAAGUGUUCUUUGAUUUUAGCUUUGAGGCGGCCAUUUCUGUAAUGUGAGGGGGGAUGGGAAACAGCUGACUUACUGUGUUGUAUACCUACCUACUUUUCUGGGCAGCUGCCGGAUAUCUGGAAGAAACGCCAGAAAGUUUGCUGAAAUGGAGAAAGAAUUGUUCCACCCUUAGGUUUCCAUUCAUUUGGAUGGGCCUGCCCUAACAUUGUUAGGAAUGCAGCGUGAGUAGCCCCGUUUACUGUUUUAACUUUCCUCACUGACAUAUUAGCUCCUUACUUUGUUGCCUUGGCUUCAAAUGGACCUAAUCACAGACAGAUUUGUUUGGAAAUGGCCUCAGUAAAUGAAAGAAAAACUGGCAGGCUCAGUUUUGGAAGACGACAAACCGGUAAGGCUUAUUUCUGGCUCAGUACCAGGAACAUUUGUGUCUCAGAGGUCACUUUUGGUUUUGAAAUGGCCUUUGCUCAUUGUAUUGUGGUCCAGUACAUUUUAUGUUAAAUUGUUUAUCAGCCAUUUCUGUUGUGAACUCUAGAAGAUUGAAAUUGGGAUUGGACUCACUCUCUGUUCCACAAACAUAGAUGUACCCCUCUACCUCUCCUUACCCAAGUUAUUACCGUCAUCGUGUGAUGUUUUGGGUUGUACAUUUGUUUAAUAAAAGAUUAAAGAAUUUAUGAAGUUGGCUUGGACAAGUUUAAAUCCAUUUUUAAUGUGUUACUUUUUGGAAUAAAUGUGUUCAUUUCCUA